CCUGAUCGGGGCAGGACUUCCUGUCUCGUGUGUCCAAGGACCUCCAAAGUGAGGCCGGGUACCGAUGGUCAGGGCCUGUGACCUGGAUGAGUUCGCACCCAGGCACGGGUAUCUCACCCUCUCCUUCUCGCGGUUAUCCCGGCUGUUCUCCCGCGGCGUCUCCCCGAGGCCGGGCGCCCCGAUCACCAAGCUUGUGUCUGUCCGCAGGUUCGGGGACGGCCAUGGAGGAGCGGCCGCGGGCGCCGAGGAGCAUCCUCUGGGCGCUGGGUCCCUUCCCUAGGGUCUUUGCUGCGGAAGCCGUGGCCACCAGCUCUGUAGCCGCCGAUUCGGAGGUCCUCGUGGAGGACCAGAAGCUGCCUUCUUCCUACGUCCCAGAACCCCAGCACCUGGAGUCUGGAUGGGACCGCCUCCGGCAGCUGUUUGCCAAAGAUGAACGGCAGAGAAAUUCAAAGGAACUUGAGGAUAUUUAUAAGGCAGCCAUUACAGGAUGCAUCAUUGGCUGGGCAUAUGGGGGAAUACCAGCUUUCACACAUGCUAAACAGCGCUACAUUGAGCAGAACCAAGCAGAAGUUUAUUAUAACCGGUUUGAUGCUGUGCAAUCUGCACAUCGUGCUGCCACGCGAGGCUUCAUCCGAUACGGCUGGCGCUGGGGCUGGAGAACUGCAGUGUUUGUGACUAUAUUCAACACAGUGAACACUGGUCUAAGUGUAUACCGAGAUAAAAAUGCCCUAAGCCAUUUUAUCAUCGCAGGAGCUGUCACAGGAAGCCUUUUUAGAAUAAAUUUAGGCCUGCCUGGCUUCGUAGCUGGUGGCAUAAUUGGCGCCUUGCUAGGUACUCCUGUCGGAAGCCUGUUGAUGGCACUCCAGAAGUACUAUGGUGAGACGAUUCAGGAGAGAAAACAGAAGGAUAAAAAGAUACUCCAAGAGCUGAAACUGGACGAGUGGAAAGCCAGACUACAAAUUACUGAGCUCCUCCCUGAAGAAAUUGAAAGUAGCCUACAGAAAAAUCAACCCAAGGAUGAUAUUGAGAAAAUUGAAGCACUGCUAAAUCUUCCUAGAAACCCCUCAUCAACAGAUAAACAAGACAAGGACUGAAAAUGUUCUGGACCUGAAACUCAUUGGAGAGUUGAAGGGACCUGUGUUGCCAUGCCUAUUGAAUGCCAGUAGUCAGGCUACUCCUUGGGUAGCUGAUGACAGGUGUAAGCACUAGCACCUAUAAUAGCAAUGACUUACUCUUACCUUUUUUUAAAACCAAAAAUUGGGCUGUUGUACUCUCGCUUUAUUUAUCCUUAAAUUUAAAUACAUACAUAUAUUUAUAUUGGUCAGUAUAUGUAUUUGACAUAUCUAUAUUGAUCGAUCAAUAGAUCUUUUUCCUGAAUUUUACAACAAUAAAUUAAAAAUUUCUCAAAAGAUUAAAGUUGAAUCUAUAGGUUGUAUAUGUAUUCUUGUAGCUCUUUAAAAGUGUAUUCUGGAAUCUGUAGGAGGAGAGAAAAGAACCAGGUAAGGCAAAUUGUCUGUGAAACCUUAGUGCCUUUAGGUCCUAGUAACAGUAUGGGCCUAAAUUUGUAGUAGUGUUUGGUUUUUCUUUAAUCCUUGCCCGAAGAUAAGGAUUAAAUCAAAUCAAAAUGGAUGUUAAAUGAAAUGAUUUAAGUUUCACUGAUUUUUAGAGAGAGAAACAUUGAUGUAAGAAAAACAUUGAUCAGUUGCCUCCCAUGUGUGCCCCAACCAAGGACUGAACCUGCAACCUCGGUAUGUGCCUGAACUGGAACCUGAGACCUUUCAGUGUAUGGAAUGAUGUUCCAACCAGUUGAGCCAAACCAACCAGGGUGCAGUGUUUUGUUUUAAUAAACAAUAAAAAAAAAAAAAAAAGAUUUCUAUGUCAUUUGAAAGAAAGGAUAAAUUUCACAAAAAGGAAGUAAAUAAGCAUUAUUAAAGAAACAGCCCAAUUUUGUUUCUCAGUAUUGCUGACAGAGUGUCUAUGCUAUAUUAUGAAAGAGUUAUUUAGUAUAGAUACACAGUCUCUAUACUCCAGAAGCUUGCUCCCUCAGAAAGAAGCUAUUCUAUGGAUUGUAACUUUUACUAAAUGAGGGGGCGAAAUGACUGAAAUAACUGUAUCAAAGGGAAAAAAUUGCUAGUGCUUUGUUUUAGUGUUAAGACCUCAUAGUUCCUACUUUGUGAAGCAGCUAGUGUGUUGGCUAAAACAGUUGCCUCUGGAAGAAGACCACGGGCUUAGAAUAGCAGUCAAAUGGCUUCAUAGCCCUGGGACUGUAGGAGCCAUUUUACUUUAAGUCUCAGUGUUCUCAUCUGUCAAAUAUGAGAGUUCCUAACUCAGAAUGGAUGUUAAAUGAAAUGAUGUAUGUAAAAUGUAGCACAAUGUCCCGGCACAUAGGGCAUUGUAUUUUAUUUAUUUACUAGAGACUCAGUGCACGAAUUUGUGCACCAGUGGGGUCCCUUAGCCUGGCCUGUGGGAUUGGGCCAAAACCGGUUCUCCAACAUCCCCGAGGGGUCCCAGAUUGCAAGAGGGCACAGGCCAGCCUGAGGGACCCCACCAGUGCAUGAUAGGGGCUGGGGAGGGACACGGGAUGUUGGCCAGCCGGGGCCAUCUCGCUCAGUCCCAGCAGCAAGCUAACCUACCGGUCGAAGCGUCUGCCCCCUGGUGCUCAGUGCACAUCAUAGCGAGCAGUUGAGCGGCCUUAGGAUAUAAUUAAGCAUGUUACACUUUGGUUGAAUGGCCGACCAGUCACUUAGCAUAUUAGGCUUUUAUUAUAUAGGAUUUUCUUUUCUUACUAAAUUUAUUGGAGGGCAUUGGCUAAUAUGAUCAUAUAGGUUUCAGGUGUGGGUUUCUACAUUACAAGAUCUGUAUAUUACACUGUGUGCCCACCACCCAAAGUCAAAUCUCCCAUCACCAUAUAUUAGGACCUCCUUCACCCCUCAUUUCAUUCUCUCUGGCAAUCACCACACUGCUGUUUGUGUUCACAAAUUUUAGUUUUAUGUCCCACAUAUGAGUAAAAUCAUAUGGUUCUUA